UGACCCAUCGUAUCCAGACUUCGCUGAAUAGUCUGGUUUAGAACUAGGUACAGCACAUUGCUCUAGGCAAGUACGCUAGCGGGAAAGUGCAGCUACAAGGAUGCUGUGGAUUAUUUUUGGGGCCUCUAUCGGGAUCGCUUUCGGGCCAUCUGUUGCAUGGGACUACACCGAUGACAUUGGCAGAGAAUGGGACACACAAGACCCGCGCCUCCUACCGGAAAUAUCCGUUCCUAAAUAUUUGGAAAAAUGUAAACUAUUGAUUGGAGCGUCGUCUGGAUAUCAAACAGAUUAUCAAACUCUCGCAAGGUAUUCGAGAUUUGGGGGCCUCACCAUCGACAUGGCGAUGGGUAUAAACAGAAAUAUGACGUCAUACUGCGAUGCUGUCAUCGAGGACACGGAAAAUGACUUCAACGCCGCCUAUGGGGCAUUUACAAGCUCUGAAAAAGUCUUCCAGGCGACCCGUAAUGAACUGACGGAAGCCGAGAAGGCGGAGAUGGACGAACUCAGGAAGUUAGAAGGAAAUGGAGAACGCAGGAAACGUCUUGUUUACGCACACAACCGCCGGGAAGACUCGAACUCCCCCGAGUUCGAAUACGAGGACCUCCGAAGUGCUGAUACCGACAACGGCUAUGGGUAUUAUUACGGGUCGGGCGAUGAAGCGACCGAUGGGCCUACGGAAGCGCCGCGAGAGUACGACAGGAGGUUAUGGCCGACUCUGUACCGCGAGGAGACUUUUCGGAAUACAAAUUACAAGAAUUCGGUGGAUCAGCUCAGGGACUUCUUGGCGAAGGCCUACGAAUUGAAAAAGAUAUUUGCGGACUCUGAGAUCGAGAUGAAGGAAAAUAUGACGAUUAAUAAUUUGAUCCAGGGAACACAAGCACUGGAGCAAUUCCUCACGGCGGCGGACAUCAGGGCCCUGUACGCCUACAUCGGCAUUCACCACUUCUCCACAUUCAGUGAGCCCUGGGCGGUAUACCCUGAGGAACGGAAGGACACCCUUUACUCUUUAAAGUACAAGCUGACUCAGAGUACAAUUAUGGCUAGGACAUUGGACACAGGGAGUUUCUUCCCAGUGAAGUACUGGCAGGAUUAUGCAAUCAUAGAUAAGCCCGACUUCAAUUGCUCCAGUGGUGAGCUAAGCGUAGUAGACUGCCCCCUAUCAUACCUGAAGAAGUAUGGUGUCACCGCCAUUGAUAUCAAGAAGUUUGACCCCUGGUUGAAGACAUUCAACAAAGCAAGGCGAAUCAGGGUGAACGAGAUCAGUGUCAGAUUGGGAGGAGCUCGGGUGAAAGGCGCGGAAAACAACACUACCACGACCAAUGAGGAAGUCACAAUGGAAGUGUUCAACGUGGGAGAAUGUCGCGACUACUUUCUGUUUGAGGAACACAUUUUCCUUGGCGCGCCAGUCCACCUGAAGUACAUAUAUAACCAAGAAAACUAUGACAAACGCCUUCUGCAACCGAUCAACCCAACAGAGGAGGUAUACCACGUGCAGACGACACCAUUCACAAAAUGGCUGAUCGUUUUCGACAAGGUUUUGAAUCCUGACCUUGACCUCAGCGCCGUCAAUGACCUUCGGAUCAGCUGGAGCGGAGAGGUCUCCUUGAACCCUUACCCAUAGAGGUGAUUGGGUGGUGUACACGUGACGUUUAAUACGAUGACGUCAUCUUUGAUUAAAACCGAUGCACUUUCGAAAAUAAAGUUCUUUGGUGAAGCAUA